UCUCAACCCUUCCAGAGAGACUUAGUCGAUUCCAAACGCUUGAUAAGGCUGGUCAUGUGGUGCUAGAGGGACCGUUUGCAAAGUGACAAGGUUCAAUUUGGUCAGACAGAAGCCAUUAGUUCAAACAGGGAAGAAACCAGCAGCCACAUGCUAAUUAAAACAGGUGUCAACAUAUAAAAAUAACAAAAUAACUUUGCAGAAGUUUCGUAAAAUUUGUCCAUAUAAUUCAAUUGAUUCCGAAUUACUCAGUGGUUUUAUCGGUGAUUUUACAGCAAGACUUUUACAUACUUCGCUGUUUAUGAAACCAUAGUUCUGUUGAAGAAAUCUAUAUACUUUCUGGAGACAAUAACAAAUCUGACAAUACUGAAAGAUGUAUUUUGGGCAUUUCUGGUAUUAACACUAAUUUCUUUGACUAUUUAUUACUUUGAUUUGUUUAAGUUUAUUGUCACAGUGUUAAAAUUUUUAACUUGUGAAAAUGGCGAACUUAUCAUGGAAUGUGAUAUUACGUUUGAUGAUAGCGCUAUCAUCUGUAGCUUGCGGUUUCCUGACAAAUGUGAUUGAUGACGUCGUUAAAGAAGAUACUGGAGACUCUCAUCUGUUUGAGGAGAAAGAGAGAGAAAGAGGAGUCAAAGAAAGAGCCCUAGAGAAGCUACAAGAGGUUUUUGGUCUGCCAGAUCUAGGAGAGAAGCGACAUCAUCAAAUACCUCCACAGUUCAUGACCGAGUUAUAUAAUAACAUUGCGGACGAGAGUGGCGUAACGCGCCGAAAGAAUCCCUACAACGCCAAAGUCGUGCGUAGCUUCAUAGAGAGAGAUAACUCACUAUGCCACUAUUUCUACUUUAAUAUCUCCGGGUUGGAUGCUGAAGAGAGCGUUCUGGAGGCACAGCUACGCCUGUAUCGGAUGAGGACACCGCCAAAUGAACUCCAUCCCACUUUCUUCACGUCGCCCAGUCUCAUCAUACGCGUGUACCAAGUGUUGGACGAGCAGCAAUUGGGAUCGCCGGAUUUACACAGACUGCUCAGUUCUCACUCGGUGGGGGCUCAUUCUCACGGCUGGGAGGUGUUCAACAUUAAGGAAGCCGUGCUGGACUGGAUGGAAGGCCGGCGCCCCAACAAGGGGCUUCUCGUCACAUGCAGUACGCUUUUUGAACAGAGCGUAGACGUGAGAUUCGCUCGUCGUAACGAGCAUCAUAACAGCAAACAGCCCAUUCUCGUACUUUUCGACGACGAGCUUAAAACACACACCCCACCAGCAUCUCCGAUCACCGAUCCUCGAACAGAAUCAGCGAUUGUACGGGAGAGGCGGUCGCUGUCCGCCGUCUCGGCUGGCGGCAAUUCUUCCACUUUCAACGGCCUCGCUGCUGCACGCAACAGCUCCCGAAGAGCCAACACCUCCGGGGAAUGCUCUCGGUUGGAGCUGUUUGUGGAUUUCGAACAGAUCGGGUGGUCGUCUUGGAUAAUUUCACCGAAAGGAUACUCAGCGUUUUACUGCAAGGGUCACUGUAAUUUCCCAUUAGGCCAGAGUCAGCGGCCGACAAAUCACGCUACAGUUCAGAGCAUUGUUCACGAGCUAAAUCUUGCGCCGGAUGUAGGCAAACCUUGUUGCGUGCCGACAAGUCUACUCAAUGUCCCCUUACUUUUUUACGAUGACAAUGACAAUGUUGUUCUUAGGAUGUAUGAAGACAUGGUGGCUGACAGCUGUGGAUGUCUGUAGAAAGGGGUUCUUAAAAAUAUUUUGGAGUCUUGGCCUGGUAUUGCACAUUGUUUCAGAAAUUAUUUUAAAACUUCUAACAUUCCCAAGACAUCCUACUUGGUGUAAAUCUAUGUGUAAUUGCUUUUACGAUGUCGUAUUUGCCCAAAUGUCAUGGACCCUCAAAUAAAAUAUCCGCCCCAAUUUAAAAGCCUCAAUUAAAGAAAAGUAACUGUUUAAACACCAGUUAUUCAAAACGUAUUCUACAACUUCUAGGAGUAAAUACAGAGCACAAUUAUUCCUGUUUUUUACAUUUCAGGAAAUGUUUAAGUGAUUUUUUGAGCAAUAAAUAGUUUCUGGAAGCACUGUAUUCGAGCGAAUACGAUAAUUGAUAAAGUUUGGUGCAAUAUACUGCCUCCGUAGUUAAGAACUGGGACAUGUUUGUGGGAUCUAAUCCAGGCAUGCGCCAAUAAUAGAUAAACAGUAAACAAAUUCUCCAAGUUUAAAACAUGUUUAACUUAUAAGCCUGGAUCUUUAAAUUAUGGUUCCAUUUUUAAUGCCUUAUAAUAAUAAAUGGAAGAAUACAGUAGGUUUCAAGCCGAUUCACAUCCAUGCUGUUAAUAAUUCAGUUUAAUUUAUUUAAAUUACAAUAACUAUCUACUGCUAAGGUCUAAUUCGUUGCUUCUAAUGCUGUUAAAGAUGAUCAGUAAUAAUUUCUUUAAAUAUUAUAAGUCCAGAAUUCUUCCAUUCCGUAUUAUAAAAUCGAAAUCAGACAGCACUGACCAAGUGGCCCUUGUGCUAAUGGGAAAGGACAGGAACUUGGGUCAGUGGGAGGAACCGUCUGAGAAGAGCCGGAGGAUAACAUUUCUGUCUGACCAGUAUCAAGAAGGCCGGGGGUGAAAAAAAUCACAGUUCACAAUUUCACAAAAAAUAAUUUCGUAUCUGGACAAUAUUUUAUUGUUGCCUCGGAAAAGUCCUGCCUAUUUUCACAGCCCUGGCUACUGACCUCGGUCAACGAUCUCAAAAUGUACAUCAAGCACUAUGUUUUUGCUUUUGUCUUGUUAUCAAUUUUUUGUGUGUAAUAUAUAAUAUUGUUUUUACCUGUAUCGUAUAUUCAUAAUAUUUAGACAGUUCAAGAUCCUAUCCAUAAUCUUUUAUUAAUGUGUGUUAAGAUAGAUAUCUCUUCUGACUCUCAUCUCUGGUGGCAACGGCCUGACAAUUAUAUGUAAGAACAAGCUAUAAUAAUACUUUUAAUCUAUAUUGAAAAAUAAUUUAAUAGAUGAUUGUGAUCAAUUUUAUAUAGGCCCAUAAAUGUACAAAAUGUACGUUGUUUUAUAUCUAAAAAAACGUGAUCUGCAUAACUGUGUAAUCAUCUUCAAAAACUAACUUUUCCCGUUUGGUUAUUUUGGUAUCACAUACAAGACAGCAAGACAGUAACACUGUGAUCUUUAUAUAAACGCGUUUUAACAUUCCUCGAGGCAUUGUCUUUUUUUCUGUCUCAUAUUUUUGUUGUACAUUUGCAUACUUUUUUCCCCGAAAUGUCUUGUAGUAGUUGUCGGUGUUGAUAAAUUUUACCCAGUAGCAUCUUCCAGUAGCUAAGAGAACGUGCCAAUUUAGAAUUAAGUAUAGGUUGGCCCAUAAGCACUGUACAUUUGAAGAUGAAAUAUGUUUAUCACAAGACCAGAAGAAAGGUACUUGAUUCACUCGCGAGUUUCUGUACUAUUAACGAUGUACUAUAUUUACGUAACACCAAAUAAGAUGCGAAGGCGAUUAUGAACAGUAAAUAGCGAGAAAUAUUGGAUGCACUCUCCUGGUGAGUUUCAGAUGUAGAAGGAAACGGUCGUGGUAUAUUUUAAAAAUAGUAUCCCAUCACUGACCAAAAGGGAAUAAAGUAAGCCAUAAAAUAUAUUUUUUUUAACUGAAAUUCAAAAUCGGGAUCCCUUGAACACGAAGCAGAAACCUGAUAACUAGACCGCAACAUUAGUUAACGCAAUAUUUAGAGGAAGACUAGCUUUUCAACAAUGUUUAUGCCAGUAAUAAAGUAGUUUAAGUACAAUGACGUCUGAAAAAUAGCAGUAAAUUGUGUGCGCUACGUUGGAACACAGGUUCCCACUCUUGUUAUAAUUAUGGGGAAAUUUACGGGCCGUACUGUGACAAGAUUAAACGAGAGGGAGUAGCUGCAGACCGGUAGCUGGAACACCGUACUGCAAAGUAACAAUUUACAUAAUUUAUUAGGUUCCUGUCUACCAAGUUCGAUAACAUUAUAAUUACUACUUGGAAAUAAUAAACCAAUGUAUUAUUAAAUGUGUACCAAGAUAAUUUUGCAAGUAAACAAGAAUCACACUGACUUAUUUUAAUAAAAUUAAUUCAUUACAAAACUA